AUGUUUGCAGAGGAGGGACCACUAUUACUGAAUUCACCAUCCUCAAACAGCACUCAGGACUUCAAUCACUUUCUGCAGUGCACUGAACGACCCACAGGUCCUCUGUUUUGGUCACUCUUCUGUUCGAUUUCCUUCCUCCUGGGUUUUUCAGCAUCUCUGAUUGUACUGUGGGAGCUUCUUCAGCGAUGUCGACAUGGAGCCUUCAACGAUAUCUUCAUGCUCAACCUCAGCUUCAUUGAUCUGACCUUUACAGUUACACUCCUUCCUUCUGUCUGUAAUUACAUGCUGUUGCACAUUAUACAAGUUUCUCAGACUAGUGCUUUCCUCCAGGGUUUGCCUCUGUGUGGUAGACCUCUCUUCAUGGCUUGCAUUUGUGGAGACUGUUAUUUUGCUGUGGUUCAUCCCAUUGUGUACAAAACAAGUAAGAAUGUAAACAUGAUUAGAAAGAUAGCCUCUGUGACAGUUUGGCUAAUCACAACUUGCUUUGGUUCAUUUCUGAUUAUUCUAAAUGAACCAUUCACUACUCCGCUGAUCUCUGCUCCUUUAAUUUUGGCCCUACCCGUCAUAACUUUCUGUGAUAUAUCAGUACUCCGAGCUUUGAGAAAACCAGAUCCAUCAGGGAACAGCAACAUCCAUCCACAGAAGAAAAGAGCUCUUCACAUCAUCAUCAACAGCUUCAUCAUGACGUUCACUGUCUACCUGCCACCAGCAAUCUUUUUCUCAUUUGCAGAGAUAUUACCAAUGACCAAAACAGAUUACUUCUGCACUCUAACUUUCUAUGGGAUGUGUUUCUGGAUUGCUGGAUGUGUAAUUAUGCCUGCUUUAUAUCUAGACACUUUGGGUAAGAUGGAUCUUUUUAAAGCCUGGCUGAGAAGGCGUUGAGGUCUCGUGGUUUUUUUUCCACCAAAUCUGAUCUACCUUUCAAAUAUUACUUUGAAAGUAAAUGUAUGUCUGUAAGUCCUUGAAUAUAUUAUAUGAAUUCCAUUAUAAUCAAAUGUUGCA